AUGGCAGGACACGCAUUCGAGAACUGUCCCCCGGCCUACACCAACGGCAUCAAGGCUGGCGAUCGCACUGAGUUCCCCAACACGCCCGCGUUCACUAACGGAGUCGCUCCGUGCCGCUUCCAGGGCGACAUCGAAGAGCUCGAGGUGUUUGGGAACAUGCCCAAGUCUAUUCACGGCACAUACUACAGCAUGGGGGUGGAUAAGAGAUUCCCCCCGAUCCACGAAGACGACAUCCUGUUCAACGGUGACGGCGUAGUGGGGGCGUACUAUAUCGCCAACGGCCAUGUUGACUGGAAGCGUCGCUACGUGAAGAACGAUCACUACAUAGCCGAGUCUAAGGCUCGCAGGAGCUUGUUUGGAAGGUAUCGUAACCCUCACACGGACGACCCGUCGGUGAAGGGAAUGAUCCGGACAACCUCAAACACAAAUAUUGUCUUUUGGCGAGGCGUCAUACUCGCAUGCAAGGAGGACGGGCCGCCGUACGCGCUCGAUCCAGAAACGCUAGAGACCAUUGGGCGAUAUGACUUUGACGGCCAGGUCGUCUCACCGACCUUUACGGCUCACCCUAAGAUCGACCCAGAGACCGGCAACAUGCUAUGCUUCGGGUACGAGGCUGGCGGGAACGGCAACGACUGCUCGAGAGAGAUCGUCUUUUACGAGAUUGGGGCUGAUGGCAAGAAGCUCACCGAGGUAUGGUUCGAAGCGCCAUUUUGCGGUUAUAUCCAUGACUUCGGCUUCACCGAAAAUCACAUUAUCCUCCCCAUGACACCGCUGAAGGCGGAUCUGCAGCGCCUCCAGAAGAGCAAGGUCCACUGGGCCUGGGACCCCAACGAGGAUCACUUCUUUGGAGUGGCGCCGCGCAGGAACCCCAAGAGGGAGGACAUGGUCUGGCUGCGCUCCGACAACUGCUUCCAGGGCCACGUCGCCGGGGCAUACGAGAGUAAGGAAGGCGACCUGGUCUUUGAUCUGUCGAUGGCCGACGGGAAUGUCUUCUUCUGGUUCCCCGAGGACGGCAAACCGCCGAUGCCGCCUGGGCCGGGCUCCCAGCUCAGGUCACCAAUGACACGGUACAGAUUUCCACUCGCAGGUGACGGCCGCCUGCUCUCGCCAGAGAAGAGGAUCGCGCCGGCUUUGUCGUGCCAGACGUCCGUCGAGUUCUCCCGCAUCGACGACCGCUUCCAGGGCAAGGAGUACAACCAGUUCUGGUCUCUCGGGAUGGACGGCGCCCGGCCAUACGACAUUGCGCGGUGUGGCCCGCCAGUUGGCGGGCUCUUCAACCUACUGGUGCACUACAAUUGGAGCACGGGGACGGAGGAAACAUGGUGGCCGGGCGCGACGACGACGCUUCAGGAACCUUGUUUUGUGCCGCGCGACGUGGACGGGUCGCCUGAGGGGGAUGGGCACAUUGUCGUGGUCCUGAACCGACUCGACCGCGGCAUAAAUGAGCUCGCUGUCCUCGAUGCACAGAAGGUUGGGGAAGGCCCUGUUGCAUUGGUGCGGCUGCCUCUCAGGCCGAGGCUAGCGUUCCAUGGGAACUUUGUAGACCAUAGGGACAUUGAACGAUUUGAGGUGGAGAAGGAGAGACAAAAGGCGAAAGGGCCACCGGCUCCAUUACCUUGGCAGCAGAAGGGACUGUGA